AUGGCGGACUCGGCUAAGUCCGACGAAAGGCAGGGCGUCCCUGGCAAGGUCGUCCGCAGUCAAAAGAUUGUUACCACAGCUUCACCGCCCAUCGACAACACCGAGGAUUCGGACGCAUCGACCGACCAGGCGCCAUUGCCGCGCAGCCAUACACCUGGCCAGCUUGCCAGCAAAGCCAAGGUCUACGAGCACCGCCGUCGCAAUCCUUCAGAAGUCUCGAAUCGGCAAUGGUCGUCCCAGGCGGCUGCCCUACCACCCCGCCCGGCCACCGCAGGCAACCCAGCAGCAAAGCCCAACAGCUGGGGCAAUGGCACCAGCACGAGCGAGGACCCCGACGAUAAAGCAGAGAGGGUGCCGAGUGGGGGCAAACGGCAAGAGGCUUCUCGGUCGGCAUCAGGCGUCUCGAGCCACCAGUCUACAUCCUCCCUAUCCCACCGAACCCAGAGCCAGCUCGCCCGCUUCCCGCCCAUCCAAGGUCCCGACGACGCCCCCGACGUGGCCCCGGCCCCAGCUUCAGGCAUGUACUGGUCCAAGGCCCUCGUCUCUGGAGGGCCGAUACCAUGCCUACGGGCACAUACCACUGCUCUGAUCGGCUCCAACAUCUACGUCAUUGGCGGGUGCGACGCUCGUGCCUGUUUCAACGACGUCUAUGUUCUCGACGCUGAUUCAUUCUACUGGUCUCGGCCGCAUGUGGUUGGGGAUAUACCGACGCCCCUACGUGCAAUGACCUGUACGGCUGUGGGCAAGAAGCUCGUGGUUUUCGGAGGCGGGGACGGCCCCGCCUACUACAACGAUGUUUACGUGCUGGACACUGUGAAUUUCCGGUGGACAAAACCUCGCAUUGCGGGCGAGAAGAAGCCCUCCAAGCGUCGAGCCCACACGGCGUGCUUCUACAAGAACGGCAUCUAUGUGUUCGGCGGCGGUGACGGCGUGAGAGCCCUCAACGACAUAUGGCGCUUGGAUGUCUCCGACAUGACCAAGAUGUCUUGGAGCUUGGUAUCCGGCACCGACAAGAAGGGAUCCGUGGAGCCCAAGCCCAAAGCCCGUGGCUAUCACACGGCCAAUAUGGUCGGUUCCAAGCUUAUCAUCUUUGGCGGCUCCGAUGGCGGUGAGUGCUUCGACGACGUCUGGGUCUACGAUGUGGAGGCACACUUCUGGAAGGUGGUCACGAUACCACUCAACUACCGCCGCCUCUCGCACACUGCCACCAUUGUGGGCUCAUACCUGUUCGUCAUAGGCGGGCAUGACGGGAGCGAGUACUCAAACGACGUCCUGCUGCUCAAUCUCGUCACGAUGACCUGGGACAAACGCAAGACCUACGGGAAGCCCCCGUGCGGGAGGGGAUACCACGGCGCCAUUCUUUACGACAGCAGGUUGGUGGUUAUCGGGGGGUUUGACGGGAGCGAGGUGUUCAAAGAUGUCAUGAUUUUAGAGCUGGCCGUACACGCGUAUUACUCCCAAAUCAGCCAUUUUACAAUCGAGGUGUGA